AGACAAAAAUAUAGAAAUUAAUAAAUAUAAAUUAAAAACAAAUAUGGAAAAAAAUAAAUUAGAAGAUGUAAUUGAAAUAUUUAAGGAAAAGCUUUUAAGAAAUCACUGGGAUGAAAUAAAUUUGAUUGGAUAUAAAGUUGGAUUGUUAAACAAAAAUAAACGAAAUGGCCAAAUAUCGUUAGAAGAAUUUAGCAGCAAAGUUAUUUCCACUGGAAAUAAAAUAAGUAAUUAG